AUGGCCUCGCAACCGCAGAAGCCUGUCCGAGUCGGAUUCGUCGAGCAGCAGCAGCCAGAGCAACCUGGACGAUCUCCCACCUCCGAGAAGAGCUCACCAUUACACCUCUUCGAGGGAUGGAGCGCGAGCUCGCUAUUCCUACCCUCAGGACCAGGACUACACCCUCCACACUCGUCAUUACCACAGCCAUCACCAAAGUCACAACUCUCACAGUCCAACCCUUUCGAGGAGGGACGACCCCUUCGCUUGGGAGAACGCCCUCAAGGGAGUUUGAGGCUUCCCGACCACAUCCUGGCUGACGAAGGUCUCUUUGCUUCGCUCGAAAAUGAUCGAGAAGACGGAUUUGCUAUGAAACACGCUCCAACUAUUGAAUUACACCCUGCAAAACAUAAUCUAUCACCAGCUGCUGCCGCAUCCACUCCAGCAUCGUCUUCCAGCGACAAAUGGUCGUCCUCGGAGGCCAGCAGCUUUGCUCACAUUGUCCAGAGAGAACGUGUCAGUAAGAAAAAUUUCCGAAAAACCAUGGUGGCACCUCCGCAUCUGUUGGCCCCGACAUCGACUCGUCCAGCCCCAACUCGCGCUAUUGUAUCUUCACCUGCUAUCGUUAUGCAAUCGGCUCCACCAAGUCCUAGUAUUCGACCACCCGUAAAGUCCAUGACUUUUUCAGACACACUGGUUGAGUCUCGCAACCCGUCGCCAAACCGUCAGGAUGCAGCUCACUCGCAUAUCGCCUUCCAUAACUCGAGGCUCAAGACUCGUCGUGCGAGGAUUUCUAUCGCACCAAAUAACCCUGCUGGCACAUCGCUUCACAGAAAUCCGACCAGCAGCCCUUCUAGAGGUCGUCAUCGAAGCUUGGCAAUUCAAGACACUCGACCACAUAUCACUGCGCAAGCAAAAUCCAGCGAUUCUGUUCCCACAAGAGGUACUCGUCACAAGUCCAGCCAUCCAGGAGAUCCAGUCUCGUUUGUCAGCACAGCUGGCUCGGUUGUGGAGAUGAUCAGCCCUGGACCAGAAGAGGCGGCAACAGUCCCUCCGCCUGGAGAACCACCAAAGCAAGGCGUUCUGCGAGUCUUGACAAUACACAGUAUUGUGCCAGCCCCGAUCAGAAGAGAAGCUACUAAGCUACUGCAUUCUGAAACUUCAACUCGGCGUCAAUCAGAACAGCCCUCAACCAUAUCAAAGCUACCCUCACCUGGAAGCCGUUGCUUUGGUUUUUUCAGCCUUCGCUCCCAUCGAAGAAGAAGAAGCACGCACACAUCCGUCCAGACUGUGAGCACAAGUAGAAGCGUUACUUCGAAACGUAAAACCUCGUAUGUCGGAGCUGAUGGACAAGAGUACACACAUCGACCAGUAGCCGGACUGAGUUUUCUGCCAUCCGAGAUGCAGCGAGUCAACACACCACCAAUGAGCAGAGGAAAACGUAGUCCAGACUCAAGGCCCAAAGGAUUCUUUUUCGACUACGCCAGUCCUCCGGGUGACGAGGUAGAGACACGACGCGACUCGGUUGCAGGAUCGACCAAACUUAGUCGCGUGCCGAGUUAUCCAUAG